GACGAGGUUAGCUAAAAUGAUGCCGUUUUGGAAUGGUAAUAUGAAAAUAUGAAGGACAGUCCGAAAACAGCUUAGCCCAUAAAGCAGCAACUUAGGCCCAUUAUGUAUUUGUAAUAUAUGGCCCAAUUAUAAUCACUUUCCCAACUAAUUUAUAUAAAAUGAAAUUAUUGAAGUCUUUGUCCAGUCAAAUAUAAUAAUAAGCCAUUGAAAAAAAUGGCGGAGGAGAGCAGAGUCCCAUCAUCGGUGUCGGUAACAGUCGCCCACGACCUUCUUCUAGCCGGCCACCGCUAUCUAGACGUCAGGACUCCAGAAGAGUUCAGCCAGGGACAUGCCUGUGGGGCGAUCAACGUGCCUUACAUGAAUCGAGGAGCAUCAGGGAUGUCAAAGAACCCCGACUUCCUGGAACAAGUCUCCUCCCAUUUCGGACAAUCCGAUAACAUCAUUGUUGGCUGCCAGAGCGGUGGUAGAUCUAUCAAAGCCACCACCGAUCUUCUCCAUGCAGGUUUCACGGGAGUCAAAGAUAUCGUCGGUGGCUAUAGUGCCUGGGCCAAGAAUGGCCUUCCUACAAAGGCUUGAUGACUCACCAUUCACCAAACAUCUUUCCUUAUCUCUUCGUCUCCUUCUUCUUCAAUAAUGCAUCCUUUCCGCAUGUAAUCAUCAAUAAAUGACCCUCCUUUCUCUUUGCUGUCUGAUGUGAUAGCUUGGAGGGAGGGGCUCAUCGCAUCUUUUUAAAAUAUAUAAAAAUACGAGUGUGUGUUGAUUGCAUCGAAAUCUCUAUAUAUAUAGUUUAAA